ACACAGAGACGCACGCACCCACACGCUCACACACACACACACACACACACACACACGCGCGCGCUCGCCUAAGAGACAGGUCACACUCAUUGUGGAUCUCGUAACCUCCGGUCUGCUACGCGUUUAUUUCCUUCCGACUACAAAAUGAAAACGGGGAAGUAGACGCGCAGUAACGGUGCUCCAUCUCUAUACACACACACACACACACACACACGCACGCGCGCGCACAUUUACAUACACCGUGUGUGUGUUUGUGUUAGAUUAUAGACUUUAUUGUUCUUUUCCUCUGUUGUUUGGUGACUAAUUUGAUCCAGCCGUGAUGGAGUGCUGGCGGCAGUGCGCGCUCUGGCUGAUCCGGUGUCGCGUGCUCCCUCAAUCGCACCGGGUCACCUGGGAAACGGCGCGCGCCUUCGACCUGGCACAGAGUCUCCGGGACGGUGUGCUGCUGUGUCAGCUUCUCAACAACCUCCAUCCUCAAACCAUCAACCUGAAGGAGAUCAACCUCAGGCCGCAGAUGUCCCAGUUCUUGUGCCUGAAGAACAUCAGGACCUUCCUGUCGGCGUGCUGCGAGGUCUUCGCUAUGAAGAAGAGCGAGCUGUUUGAGGCUUUCGACCUGUUCGACGUGCGCGACUUCGGCAAGGUGAUUGACACUCUGUCCAAACUGUCCAACACUGCAAUCGCACUACAAACUGGAAUACGGCCGUUUUCGACAGAAGAAAGUGUGGAAGACGAGGACAUUUAUAAUCACUUGGAAGACCUCAUAGAUGAGAAUGGCGUGGAUGAUGAAGAGGACCUGUAUGACUGUGUCUAUGAUGAUGAUGGUGGUGGUGAAGUUUAUGAAGACCUAAUGAAGAUGGAAGCUGGAGCUCCACCGAAACAGGCAGAGACAGACAUCAGGAGCUGCUGCUUGGCUGAGAUCAGACAGACGGAGGAGAAGUACGCAGAGACUCUGGAGUCCAUUGAGAAAUUCUUCCUCAGGCCGCUGGAGCAGUUUCUCACUGCGUCUGAGAUCAACAAGGUUUUCAUCAACAUUCCUGACCUAGUGAAGGUGCACAAGAGCCUCCUGCUGGAUCUGCAGAACUCCAUCGGUCACCAAGGUGCCAGUAACCUCUACCAGAUCUUCAUCGAUUACAAGGAGAGGUUACUGAUCUACGGGAAGUACUGUAGCCACGUAGAGACGGCCAUCACCUUCCUGGAUGAGCUCUGUAAAGAAAAAGAGGACGUGAGACAAAAACUGGAGGUUUGUUCCAAAAGGGCGAAUAACGGGAAGUUUACACUCCGAGAUCUCCUCGUCGUGCCAAUGCAAAGGGUUUUAAAGUAUCAUCUACUUCUCCAGGAAUUAGUGAAACACACUAACGAUGCUGUGGAGAAGAGCAACUUGCGCAGCGCUCUCGAUGCCAUGAAGGAUUUGGCCCAGUAUGUGAACGAGGUGAAGAGAGACAACGAGACGCUGAGGGAAAUCGACCAGUAUCAGAAAUCUAUUGAGAACCUUAAUCAGCCUCUGUUAAAUUAUGGGAGGCCAAAAGGGGACGGUGAGGUUCGAGUCUUAACGGUGGACAAACGAGCCAAACAGGACAGGCACAUCUUCCUGUUCGACGCUGCCGUUAUUGUGUGUAAGAGGCGAGGAGAUGUGUACGAGAUGAAGGAGGUGAUCGACCUCCACAACUUCAAAAUCACCAACAACCCUACCUCGGAUAAAGAAAACCGCAAGUGGUCCUACGGGUUUUACCUCACACACAACCAGGGACGGAGUGGCUUUGAGUUCUUCUUCAAGACCAAAGAACUUAAGAAGAAGUGGCUCGAGCAGUUCGGCAUGGCCAUCUCCAACAUUCACCCGGAGAACGGCACCAGCAACCAGCACGAGUUCCGCAUGCACACGUUCGAGAGGAUCACGGCCUGCAGCUCCUGCAAGAUGUUGCUGAGAGGGAUCUUUAAUCAGGGAUACCAGUGCAGUAAAUGUGGAGAAGGAGCUCAUAAGGAAUGUUUGGCCCGAGUGCUACUGUGUGGAAAAAACAGCGGAACUGAUAUGGGAUCUUCCCGGGCACAGGACAGAACACACAGCCGGAAAGUAGAUCCAGGUUUGCCAAAAAUGUUGGCUAUAAGGAAUUACCGCGGCGAUCCCGUCCCACAGUGUGGCCCCGCCCUGAACAUCCAGCAGGGUGACAUCAUCGAGCUGAUCCGCGCAGACCUGCACAGCUCAUGGUGGCAGGGCAAAGUCUUGACGACAAGGGAAGUCGGAUUCUUUCCAAGCGACGCGGUGAAGCCUUGUCCGUGUGCCAAACCUUUUGAUUACUCUUCUCAACCAUGGUUUGCAAGUGGAAUGCUGCGAGUGCAGGCGGAGGCGACGCUUCUGAACAGGCAGAACAGCACGUACCUGGUGAGGCAUCGAGGGCACGACAGUAACGAGUACGCCAUCAGCAUCAAGUUUAACAACGAUGUGAAACACAUUAAGAUCUUAACCAAAGACGGCUACUUCCAGAUCGCAGAGAACAGGAGGUUCAGGAGCAUCAUGGAGCUGAUUGAGUACUACAAACAUCACUCUCUAAAAGAAGGCUUCAGGACACUUGAUACGACACUGCAGUUUGCCUACAGAGAGCCAGAGAACGGAGGGAGCACUCCAUUGCUGUGCACUCUUUCUUUAGUUUCUUCUGCAGGCUGCAGCUUCGUGCCCCCCUCCUCCGACCCCUUCUGGUCAGUGUUGACUCCGAAGGUGAUCGGUGUGGCGACCGCUCGGUACGACUUCAGCUCUCGAGAUAUGAGGGAGCUUUCGCUGCAGGAAGGGGACAUAGUGAGGAUUUACAGCAAGUCCACGACUAACGGCUGGUGGAGGGGCGAGGUCAACGGCCGGGUGGGAUGGUUUCCCUCCACGUAUGUAGAAGAAGGAGACGAGUGAAAAGCAGACCAACAAAAAGAAGUAAAAAAAAAGACAUUUUUUCUGUUUACAUGCUGAACUGGACUGAACCAUGGACUCGUCCUGAGACACGAGCGUCAACGGCGUCUCGUAGAAAUGUCUCAGCAGGGACACUCGGCGCUUCCCCAGAAUCCUCUGCUGUCAGCAAAACAGUCACCAGUGAAGGUGUUUGUGUGUGUGUGUGUAUUACUGUGAACGAUGGGAGGUAGUCAGAACCCCCACAGGUGUGUACGUCACUCUGUGUGAGCGUGUUUGUGUGUGUGCGUGUGUGUGUGUGUGUGUAUCUUUGACAUUGUCACUAAUCAGCUGCAUUUAUUAUGUGGAUGUUUGUGUUUUCUUUUCCUCCGAUGUUGCUGCUUAUCUAGUAAGGACAAGUUUAUCUGAUUUGAGAGACAGAGAGUGAGCUGAUAGAGCCACACACACACACACACACACACACACACACACACAGAGAGAGACUCUCACCUCUAGAUAGUACAUCCACUGCAUUUUUAAUCCAGUGUCCUGAUAGAAGAUGAUUGACAGCCCACACUCCCUGCUCUUAUCUGACCCACUUUCCAGACACCAGAACCCCCAGUCAGUCCAUUUCAGCUCAAAACUGAAAUACAGAUUUAGAAUAAAUUAUAUUUUCACACCAGUUUUCACAAUCGUGUUACAGAUGAGACUAAAAACCCAAAGGAUCGUAAAAGGCAUUUCGCCGAUAUUUAUUUGUCUCGUCCGUUCAGCGAUCAGGCCUGUGCGUCUCACAGCACGGCCGUAGUGUGGAACUGAUGCCACUAGAUGGCACCAGAAUUAAUGGAUUAAUAAACCGUCUCACAUCCCUCCGUCACAUCAUAGCACAGCACAACACUUCGCAGCCUUUAAAAAACUUUAACAUUCUCCCGUCAGUCUCUCUAAGUUGCCUUGUAUGCUAAAUCCUCAUUCCACUCGCUGUCCACAUGGAUUAGCGACAUUCCCGAACAUUCCAGGACGAGGAACACUACCGGACAUUCCAUAGCAACAAUUUAGAUUGCAAAAGUGCUUUGAAGUCUUUAUCAAUGAAAACACUGUUUCGCUAGCUUACAGACAUAUAAUAGAAGAACAAGGUCUUCACCUGUGGUUUGGAGAUGGCUGAGCUGUUCGGACAUCUAGGGGAAGUUCGUCCCACCACCUUGGUGCCAGAACAGAAAGAGUCUUGCUGUAUAACUCCCUCUUGCCCUAAUCUAUAUUUUUGCUAGAACAUUCCAGACAAACAACCCAUACUUACUUAAACCUCCCAGAACGCAGAAUCGAACAUAUACUGUAUAUAUAUGUAUAUGGAACAUUAUAGAAAACCAAAUCCAUUGAGAAAUACAUUUACGAAGACGUUUGCUAGAACUUCAGAGAAGACCGACGUAUUCUUAAACGUUCUAGGAUCCUUAGCUGACCGAAAACAACCUAAAACAAUCCAGAAUCCCGAUCUGUCCUAAAAACAUUCCGUAAAUGCUACUAGAUCUUAGAUAUUCGAAAACAACGUACCAUCUUAAUCCAAAUCAUCUACUUAAUUGUUGAGCUUAAACAUUCCAGCACAUUGACCCGUCCUUUAACAUUCCAGAAUAUCCGAAUAUUCCUCCUUCUGAGGUAAAACGCUGUGUUACAGUACGUCAUUUGCCCUCACCCGAUUAUCCCUGAGCUAAGAGUUUCAUUUCACUAACUGACCGCUUCGUUUUGUUUCUCACUCACACAGCCUUCGAAAAACAAAGGCAUUGGUUAGUAAAUGCAGAGGAAUCAGAAUCAUGCCUUCGUUAUUUAUUUCUGAACAUCGUUGUAGCACAAAGAUGUUAUAUAUAUAUGUGUCACACCGACCGUUCGUUUGGACCGUCCUCGUCUCCUCAGCUACGCCUCUGAUGAACUGUGAUAAGAGCUCCUAUCUACCCACAAUCCCAUGCUUCUAUAUGUCAAUCUGUCAUUUCAGACAUUUCAGUGCAUGGAUCUCUCUCUCUCUCUCUCUCUCUCUCUCUCUCUCUCUCUCUCAAACCCGUGUGACCUUCCCACUGUGUGAAGACGUUUAGAAGCCGAUAAUAUCCUCCCACGGAACCGCUGAAUAGAUAGAUAAACAUUAUCCCAUGUUCAAUGCUGCAUGUUUUCUUUUUUUUUUUCUUUUUCUCAUGAUUAUAAAUUUGUAACCUUUUAACCAACCUGUUCGAGCUACUAACAGCACCACAAAGCUGUAGAUGUCUAUAAAGGACCUUGAAUAUUCUUACGGUACUUUUACAACUGUUGUUCACCGAAGCCAAAGACCUGUGUUUGUGUGUGUGUGUGUGUGUGUUAAUGAGAGCCACAGUGGCCUGUGCAAUCCUGACUUACUGCUGUGUUAUACUGUAUAUAUGUAGAUAAAGCACAAUAAAGUUAUAUUGCUUGUUUUUA